UCAAAAAUAGUCGGUUUAGAUCCGGCCGGUCCACUUUUUGCAUUGGAUAAACCUCAUGAACGAUUGCAUCGUGAAGAUGCAAAAUAUGUCGAAGUUAUUCAUACCAACGGCGCACUCUUAGGAAUGUACAAUCCAAUCGGAACGGCUGAUUUCUACCCAAAUGGCGGAUUUAGACAACCCGGCUGCUCAAAUGAUUUAACUGGCAAAUGGUCACACUGGCGUUCAGUCAAAUAUUUCGCUGAAAGUAUUUACUCAUCUAUUCGAUUCUACGGAUAUCCAUGCGCCUCAUUCGAUUAUAUGAAAAAAGGAAAUUGCACAGGUGCCAAAUUGCGAAUGGGUGGAGAGCCCGGCAAUUGCAAGGC